UAUAAUAUUUACACAUAUAUUCAUUUGUUUGCCCAACUUCAAUGUUUUAUCCACAUACAAAGCGCACCAGUGUUUAAAAGACUUUUAGAGCUACGAGUCUGCAGCCAGCCUUUUUGUUGUUGACGAAUGUAUUUAGUUUCAAAAUGCCUUAUUUUACAACUAUGAGAAAAUCAAAAACAAAAUUACUAAAAAGAGACCAAAAAGUCAGGCUGUGAUCUGAAUAUUGAUGCCAUGAUGGAAGUUAGUGCAGAAAAAGAAGCCAGUAACGAUGCCGUUGGUAGUGUUGGAAGUUCAGUGGAAAAUAACCACGACAGUUCUUUAACGACUGAAACUGGUGUGGAACAUAUCAAAAAUGGUAACGAAUUGGUAGCAUGUGAAGAAAAAUUAGCAGACAAUCAAGAGUCCACGCUUGCAGAAUGUACAAAAUCUCCUGAUGUGACAAUGACAAAUGAAGAGUCAAAACCUACAGAAAGUUCCAAAUGUGAUCAAGAUGUAAAUUCUAAGAAGAUUUCUGUGAUUCAGGAUGAAUAUUCCUACAUCAAAAGAGAUGAGUUCACUUCUGAGAUUUUCAAGAUAGAAAUACAAAAUUUACCAAGGUUUGGUUUCUCUGAACUGAAAAGGAAGCUGGUCAACCUUGACCUGAACCCAAUCAAAGUGAAAGGUUUCCCACACAAAGGUUUUGCUUUCGUCACGUUCAGGGAUGAAGAAGCACGUGAGAAGGCUUUGAAAAUCUUGAAUCGAUUCCAAUGGAAAGGACAUGACGUCACUGCUAAGAAAUCCCAUCCAACUGCUGAUCCUUUGGUUUUAAAGCGAAAAUCUUUUGGAUUAACCAAUGAUGAACCUAGUGCUAAGAAGUUUAAGGAAUCGGAAGACUUGGUGGACACUAAUGAUGGACUGACCCUCGACGAAAGAGUCAGAAAAGCUGUGAUGCCACUACAUGACCUAACGUAUGAGGAACAACUAAAGCGAAAGUUUGACGAUAUAAAAAAUGUUAUGAAACGAUGGACUAAGGAACUCUUACACAACUGCCCAGAUCUCAAGAAAUGGAUCAACGAACAAAAACGACUCUUUUCAGAUAACAUUUGUGAGAUUCUUGCCAUUCAGCCUUCCCCAUUACUAACUGGUUAUCGUAAUAAGUCAGAGUUUACAAUUGGUACAAACCACGAAGGAUCUGAGAAAAUAGUUGGAUUCCGGCUUGGUAGUUACCGAGAUGGUUCUAGUGCAGUUGGAGAACCAUCUCUUUGUGAUAUCCUUCCUGAGGCCAUGAAAAAAGUUGCUAAAGUUUUCCAAGAAUAUGUGCGUCAAAGUAAAUAUUCCGUUUAUGAUGCCCAAACUCACGAAGGAUAUUGGAGGCAGUUGACUGUGAGGACCAGCAGCAGAGGGGGUGUGAUGGCUAUUAUUGAGUUUCAUUCUGUUGAGCUUUCCGACGAGGAGAUUCAAGCUGAGAAAGAGGCAUUGAAAGAAUUUUUCAGUGAAGGUGAAGGAAAAAUAUGUGGUGUAACAUCAUUAUUUUUCAAUUGCGUCACCAAGAAACAAUCAAGCUGUCGGCAAGCAGCAAACUAUGAACAUUUGAUGGGCAAUGAGUGGAUUACUGAAAAUUUAUUGGGUCUGAGUUUUCAAAUUUCUCCUGAUGCAUUUUUUCAAAUCAACAACCCAGCCACGGCCUUACUUUAUUCUCUUGUUGCUGAUUGGUGUCAACUUGAAAAAGACAGUGUCGUUCUUGAUAUCUGUUGUGGUACAGGUACCAUCGGUCUUACUCUAGCCAAGCAUGUGCAAAGGGUUUUGGGUGUGGAAGUUUGUCCUGCUGCCAUUGAAGAUGCUAAGAAGAAUGCAAAACUAAAUGAUAUUAAAAACAUUGAGUUCCACUGCUCAAGAGCUGAAGAAGCUGCCGAGAAACUGAGGAGCUGGUCAAGGGGUCAGAGGGCCGUUGCCAUUGUUGAUCCUCCUCGACCGGGACUGCAACCCAAAGUAAUGUACGCCCUUCGCCGCUGUCAUUUCAUCCAUCGAGUGAUCUACAUCUCGUGUAACCCUGUGGCUGCCAUUCAGAAUUUCACCGAUUUAAUGAGGCCCAAGUCACGGAGGAAUAAAGGAGAGCCGUUUUUUGCUGUGAAAGCCAUUCCAGUCGACCUUUUCCCACAUACCAAGCACUGUGAACUCGUUGUGAUGUUUGAGAGAAGACAGGAACCAGAGAAAGUCUGUGAACCAGAGGCAGUUCAGGAACCAGAGAAAGUCUGUGAACCAGAGGCAGUUCAGGAACCAGAGAAAGUCUGUGAACCAGAGAAAGUCUGUGAGCCACAGAAAGUCUGUGAAUCGGAGGCAGUUCCUGAACCAAAGCAAGUCUGUGAACCAGUGGAAGUUUGCAAACCAGAGGAGGUUAAUGAACCAGAGAAAGUAUGCGAGCCAAAGCAAGUCUGUGAAACAGAGGUAGUGUGUAAACCAGACGGCAGUGACUGUGAAGUUGCAAUGCAAUCUUAACAAUUAUAUGAAAAGUAAAUGAAGUUAGUAGUGAUUAUAAUGCUGAUGAUGAUGAUUAUAAUCAUGACAAUGUAAAUGAUUGAUAUUAUUUUUAAAAUAUAUUUCAUAUUUUUUGAUAUGAUGGACUGUCUACAUAUGCCUCUCAUCAGAUGAACAUAUGAGAAAUAAAACUGUUGCUUUAUGGUUUCCCUGAUCUGUCUUAUGUUUGAGAUAACAUCUGAAGGUUUAAGGCCAAUUUGUGGGUUUGGUUACUGUAGAAUAUAUAAGAAUGUGGGGAAUCAAAGAAAGUGCUUGGUCUUUCAGGGGACAUAACCAUGUGUAUUAAGAAGACGUGUAAUACUGGCCAGGGACCUCGGCAUGAGAGUAGAAAAGUCCAGUUUUAUCACAAACAUGUCUGUUCUUCAUCCUGUUCUGGCUGUCAGUGAACAAAAAACUGGGUCCUUUUGUCGGACAUUUUCUGUUUAUGGUUCAUAGAAUUGAAUCAAUCACAGCAUAUUGUUUGUUUUCCUGUAUAGAUUCACAGGUGUGACUGUGGUGUUAAGCUUUCUUAUUGACCACAUGGCUCCAGGUUCAGUCUCACUGCAUGGUAUCUUGAGCAAGCAUCUUUCACUAUUGCCCAAGGCCUGCCAAAGCUUUGUGACUGUGUUUCAUAAAGAGAAACUGGAAUAAGUUCAUUGUGUAUGGGUGUGUGUUUUUGUCUUGACAUAGUGUGAUAUUUGUAAAUGAGUGUCACUGUUAUCCAAGUGGUGUUGCUUGUUGCCAUCUUUUAUGAAAAUAUGUCUAGUCAUGCAGAAAUAUUCCCUCGUUUGGAAAUAGGUGAGGGUUAGCAAAGGGAAAAGCAUCCAGCCAUUAAAAAUCUGCCUCAACAAAUUCCAUCCAAGCCAUGCAAUCAUGGAAAAGUGGACAUUAGAACAAUGAUGGUGAGAGACAGCUUGGGACUUAUAGGUUGACUGGAAUUGAAUGCUGUUGAUUUCGGACCUUUCGGGGGGUGGGGUGGGAGCAUUAAUAAAGUGAAGUAGCUUUCAUUGGGAUUGGAAAUCAGAAUGAGUUCAAUUUAGCAAAAAUAUUUCCUCAACAGGUUUAGGCACGUCUAAGGAUAGACCCAGCAUUUCUUCCCUGUGUCAUAAAAGGUGACUAAAAGUGGUCCAACUAGGAUUUGCACUCCAAUCUCAUAAAGCCCUGGCCAGCAAUGACAACCUAAAACAGACCCUUGAGUUGCUCCCAUAUUGCUAUUACUUAUUGGAAUAAAUUGCAGUUUGUGUUA